UAUUUUUUGUGACAAUGCGAUUCCUUAUUCAAUCUUAAGCAUCAAGCCAGGGACCAUCUGUUUUUGACCAAUGGUACAUCUCCGCGAUGUGACGUUAAGCCAAUGACAUGCUAUUCUCAAUCAGGUUUGUAGCGGAAAAUGAAAAAAAAAAAAAAAAGAUCUGAGCCAGGGCCAUCUCAACUCUCCUUACACCACAUUGAAAGUGUGUUUGUAGCGGUUCGCCCACUCUCCUUAGCACAUGUUCUGCAAAAUCUGACAAAAUUGAGAGAAAAGAUGCACUUCAUGUUGCUGUUCAGUCGGCAGGGUAAGCUGAGGCUUCAGAAGUGGUAUGUGCCUAUAUCUGAUACCCAGAAGAAGAAGAUCGCUCGUGAAGUGAUACAAAUGGUGCUGGCUCGCAAGCCCAAGAUGUGUAGUUUCCUGGAGUGGAGGGAUCUUAAGAUCGUUUACAAAAGAUAUGCAAGUUUGUAUUUCUGCUGUGCGGUGGAAGACCAGGACAACGAGCUCAUCACCCUUGAAAUUAUUCAUCGCUAUGUGGAGCUACUAGACAAGUAUUUUGGCAGUGUUUGUGAACUGGACAUCAUCUUUAACUUUGAGAAGGCCUACUACAUCCUGGAUGAGUUCAUACUUGGCGGAGAGGCGCAGGAGACCUCCAAGAAAAAUGUGCUCAAAGCCAUUGAACAGGCCGACAUGCUCCAAGAGGAAGCUGAAGCACCACGCAGUGUUUUGGAGGAGAUUGGACUGACAUAAACUAGCUGUCAUUGUAAAAAUCAACUCAAGUCACUCCCAAUUGACAGUGUUUGUGUAUUUCUCUAUUUUAAAAACAACACUACAGCCAGUUCUGGCUGAUGACGUGCAUAUUUGCACAGUUGCGUUUCAGAUGUACUUGCAGGGAGUAGUCACCAGACACACCACUGGCCCUUGGUAUGAAUAGCAGUGCUAUAUGCAUGUCAUUUAAAACUGGACAACCAUCCACUGCCUUAAAGAUACUCCAUUUUUCAGUUUUCUGAACAUGUCACACACGCAUCUUUUCUGUAAUAUUUCUGAUGUUUGUAUCAAUGUAGACUCCAAAGAAGAGUAUAUCUGUCAUUCAAGGAAGACAAAAGCUAACUCAAUACAGACCAGCGAUAUUAGCAUUAGGGACAUAAUGGGCCUAGGAUAAUCUGUAGCUUGACCGAAAACACUGUUACGUACGUUUUCCAAGUGUUUAAAUAGUGUGACUAUGUUUACAAAUUAGAAGAAAAAAAACAUUCCUUUUAAACUUUUGUCUUCAGUAUUCAGACUAACUAUGAGAAUUAGUAUAAUGCAUGUCAGUCUUUGUGGAUUUCAGUGUUACAACUUGAGUAUAUGUAUUAAAAACAUCUCAAAACUCUA